AUGAUAAACAGUGGAGUCUAUUAUCCGUUCAAUAAAAAUAAAAAAUACCUUAAAGUUUAUAAAAUUCUGAAUAUCAAUAUACUUUUCAGCUCAAAGGAAAAACUAGAUUCCAUACAACCUAAAAGACGAAUGCAUCGAUCGCUGAAGUUCUUUCGCAGGCCGUUCGGUAGAACAGGGAGCAAUAGUGAAGAUGAGGAAAUACGAAGAAUGAGAAAAUCCGUACGAUUUAAGGAUGCACCGAUGGAUUUGACCGACAUUAAUCCAACUAUUGUAAGCACAGACAACGAAGAGGAAGAACAAACAGAAACGACACAGAAAAAACGAAAAACCGUCAAACACAGCUACAAAAACCCUGUGGCUAUUGAAGACGCAGAGAAUGAAAUCUACAGCUCUACUGAAUCACCGUCCCAUUCCUCCGCGGACAUCCGCACUCCUCCCCUGGUAAGAAUCCACUCUUCGUCGCCUCUAACCCUAGACGUUGAUAGUCUGGACCAAUCAUCCAGCGAAGAUCGUAAUCACUUAAGACUCGACCCAUUCCCGGAYGUYAUUAAGUCUGCCGAGAGCAGCCCGAGACAUUCACUGGCAUCGARCAGCGAGUUCUUCGCACGUGCCCGAUUACACAGGAACCCCAAGGAUCAGAGGUCUAAUGAAGUUAUUAAUCAGUUAAAUGAGGAAAUCUCKCAAGCGGUAAGAAGUGGUCARAGUGCUUAUUGUAUUUUUGGAAUGUUUGAUAAUGAUGAGGAGACCUGGUGUUAGGAUUGGUCACGUGGAUAAGCAAACGAUCUGAUUGGUCAAAAGAAGAAUGGUUCAAGCAGGGAUCCCUGRUAGUGUUUCGUGGAGAUUAUUAACGACUCUUAAAUGAAAUCGAAAGUUCCAGAGAGAAAUUUAAAUCUGGACUCCUGCUGGUUUGAUAUUAAAAGGCUAGAGGCACGCGAUAUACAAAAACUUCUGGAAAAAGUAAUUUUACCAUGGCACUCUUCCUGGACUGAUUUUUUACUGUUUAAUCUCCAAUCCUGGACAAAGAAGCAAACAAACUAGACAAUGAGAACUCGGAAAAUACACAUUGCUCGAUGUACAGAGAGACUGACUUCCUGUGGGUCUCUGACCCUAGGGGAUAUUUUUAUAUUGAGAUACAUUGGUGACUGUAGAAGAACCUAUAUUUAGGUGUUUAUACAGGAAAUGUUUACCAUUAAUGGUUAUGCAGGAGAAAGUUCAAAGGGAUCUUAAUUUAGCACACGAACCGUCUAGAAGCAAGGAACUGUCACAAAGUGAUCAAGUGUUUCGCUAAGAAGCUAUGCAACUGUGCAAGUAUCGCAGUACCUAUCAACCUAUCAACCAUAUAUGGAGAUCAGCGGUCCUUUGAAGGACCUGUUCAAGAGAAAAUGCAUUCUUUUCAAAGAGAAUUCUUGUAAGUGCAAAAAAGCGUCGCCCYGGAGAAACACGGUWCCAGCAACCAUUUGGCGAUGUCUUUUACCAUCUGUAAGCAGAACGGAGGCAUAUUUUCCAAUAAUUCAUACAAGUAACGAACAGAAAGCGUAUUUAUUCUUUCGAAAGAUUAUGAUCAUACGAAGAACAAAGAAGCACUUCGUUAGCAAAGACCUGUAUAAGAUUCAAGGUUUAAAGUUCACAAUCUUCCACCCUCGAGGUGGAUAAAGACCAAGAAUGAAGUUAUUAGGACAGCAUUAUAUCAAAGGUUACUUGCUUAUGAUUGGCUGAUUUGAAUGUUGGUAAGUUGAGUCGACCGAAUACCUGGCCAAAUGUUCUGUAUACUUUCAUCUUGAAAAAAUAUUAUUUACUUUUUAUGGUCUAGAAACAUUGUUUAUUGAAUUUAUGGACAAAAAAGUCUCCUCUUGCAGCCGUUAUAAUGCUCGUUCCCAGGUCUCUUCCCAACUGACAGCGUAAGGGGAGAGAGACCUGAGAACGAGCCAUACAACGGCUGUGAGAGGAGACUAGGAAAAAAAGAGAUGCAACACAACACUAACUUUUUUCUGCUUAAAGAUGUUGAUAGCUGUAUAAAAAAAAUAUAAAAAUAUGAAUGACUAUAAACACAUAACAGAGAGGCAUCUCUAACGAUUUCAAAGCACUCCUCAAUUAUAUUCAUAGUAUGGCUAUUUUACAAAAAAAAAAUACAAAAUAACAAACUAAAAGAAGUGAAUUGUAAGAUACAUAAAGCAUUAACUCAUAGGUAUUAAUAUUAUUGAUAUAUUAGAAUAUCAAACAUGUAUAAUUCUCAACAUAAAGCAGGCAGGUCCUUGCUGUAAUGGCUAACUUUUUAAGUACCGCGUCUUCACUAUCUCACGAUAUUCAUACACAAAAGACCUGAAGACGAGGCUCCUGGGGCAAAAAGAUCAUGUUUCGCUUUCCAGAGCCUCGUCUUGAAAUCUUUUGUGUGUGGUGCGCCAACCAAAAUACCAAAAUCGGGAAUUGUACUUUUCAAUUUUUUCCGUUGUUUUCAAUAAAGUGGCAUAGUUGAMGCUCACGGCAGUAAAGUAGAGGAUAUCUCACAGAAAAAGUUGUUAAACUCAAUUUUAAUUCAUUAUAUCGAUGUUGUGAGCUCUUUGACAAAGUUUAAAGAUUGUUGCUUGGUUGGUUCGUUGAUUGGUUGCUUGGUUUGGUUUGKGUUUGGUUUGGUUGCUGGUUGUUUUUUUUUUGGUUGAUUGAUGAUUGAUAUUUGGUUUAUCUUGAGGACAUAAAUUAAUUUUCUACUAAAAAUUCAUAUAUAUUGAGCUCACAACUUCUUUAAUAAAACAAAUUCUCCAGUUAAAAAAUACUUGUAAUAAAUAACUAAAAUUUGUUUCUUCAUCUGCUAAUAAAAAAAUCAAUAAUUUUAA